AUGUCCGGUGAGACGCAAGACCUCUACCGUCUUCUAAGAAAAGGCCUGCUUGAGGAGAACCGCGAACCACUCAGCUCCCAGGGCGGCGACGAAGCCGACGGAAGGAUUCCCCCCGCAUCGGUCACCUCGCUGAUUUCGCACAACAGCGGGCCAGGAAUAGACGAACUUGUGACUUGGUAG